CAAACCGGCCCAAUAAUGGAGCUAAAAUACGUAGUCUUCACAUACCUCAGAUCCAGCUUCUUCUUCUUCAUCUUCAUCGGCUCUUCUUCUGGUUUCAGCGAAUUUCCAAAACUAGGGUCUGGACCUGAAAAUCGAGCAACAAUGUCAGACUACGAUGGCAGCAAGCACAAGUCUCAUGGAUCGGAGCGUGAGAGCUCAUGGAGAGAGCGAGAGAGUGGUCAUGAUAGGGAGAGAGACGAUGACCGGUAUUCGAGAGAUGCAAGGGACUACAAGGAUAGAAGUGGAAGGUUUGACAGAGGGAGGAACAAGUAUAGUGGCUAUAGCGGCCGUCGGAAUCAGGAUUAUGACAGGAGUCGCGAUUAUGAUCAAGAUAGGCAUCGCGAUUAUGAUCAAGAUAGAGAUAGGAGGCAUAGACAUAGGUCGCCUUCGCCUUCAAGGGAAGAAGAUAGGGAGAGAUCUUCCCGUUCUCGUUCAAAGAGCAAGCGCGCAAGUGGUUUUGACAUGGCACCACCUGCUGGGGCAGUGCUACCUACUGCUGCUGCUUCAGGUAUUCCACAAACAAUGCCGGGAGUAGUACAAAAUGUAGUACCAUUCGGGACAGCAUAUCCGACACUUCCCAUGAUGCCAGCCCAAGCCAUGACUCAACAGGCUACAAGGCAUGCACGACGGGUAUAUGUUGGCGGCCUUCCCCCACUGGCCAAUGAGCAGACAAUUGCCACGUUCUUUAGUCAAGUCAUGGCUGCCAUUGGAGGGAAUUCAGUUGGUCCAGUAUCUGAACUGGCAGGUGAUGCGGUAGUAAAUGUCUACAUAAAUCAUGAGAAGAAGUUUGCAUUUGUGGAGAUGAGAACGGUCGAAGAAGCGAGUAAUGCGAUGGCCUUAGAUGGGAUUAUAUUUGAGGGGGUUGCUGUGAGGGUACGAAGGCCAACAGACUACAAUCCUACAUUAGCUGCAGCACUUGGUCCUAACCAACCAAGUCCCCAUCUCAACUUGGCUGCUGUGGGGCUAACACAAGGUGCUGUUGGUGGAGCAGAGGGACCUGAUCGUAUCUUUGUGGGUGGACUACCAUACUACUUCACUGAAGCACAGAUAAGGGAAUUGCUACAAUCCUUUGGACCACUUCGUGGAUUUGACCUCGUGAAGGAUAAAGAUACAGGAAAUUCUAAAGGAUAUGGGUUCUGUGUUUAUCAGGAUCCAGCUGUGACCGACAUUGCUUGUGGUGCUCUUAAUGGCUUAAAAAUGGGCGAUAAAACUUUAACCGUCCGGCGUGCUACUGCCAACAGCGUGCAAUCUAAAUCAGAGCAAGAAAAUAUCUUGGUACAGGCACAACAGCAUAUUGCUAUGCAGAAAAUGGCGAUGCAGGUUGUUGACAUGAAUCGUUUUGGGAAUGGGAUGGCAUCAGUGGUAACUACAGAAAUGCCCACAAAAGUCCUUUGUUUGACAGAGGCAAUUACUGCUGAUCAACUAGGUGACAAUGAAGAGUACGUGGAAAUAUUAGAAGACAUGAAGGAUGAAUGCAGCAAAUUUGGAACUCUGUUGAAUGUUGUUAUUCCCCGUUCUAAUCAAGAUGGAGAAGAGAUCUCAGGUGUUGGAAAGUUUCACUUGCAGGUGUUCUUGGAAUAUUCUGAUACUGGAAGUUGUGCCAAUGCAAAGAACGUACUUGGUGGGAGAAAAUUUGGAGGGAACAUAGUGAAUGCGUAUUAUUAUCCGGAAGACAAAUACUAUAGCAAAGACUAUAGCGCAUAAGAAUUGCUUAGCUCCACAACUUGAAAUUUUGUAUUGCAAUGUGAAAUAGGAUAGCCGUGUUCAUUUGAUGUAAUAUAGGGAACGGCUGGUCUGUUAAUUUGACGGGCAGACCUUUUCUUUCGUUGUUCUUUAGAUGUGUUGUUGGCUUAGAUUUGUGGUAUUUAUGUACUUAAAAGAGUGAUUUGUUCCAGUAUAGACCAUAUACUUUAUUAAUGGUCUUUUCAUUUGGCUAGUAGUUUCUUCUUUUCUUUCAUUCGAGGGAUGUUGAGCCUAGAAGCUGUACGAUACAAUUUAGUACUGGCAAUAGCUUCUUCAAUUUUUGUGUA